UGGUAAGUCAUCAUGCUCCUCCUGCCUCCUCCUCUGAGUGGCACUGAUCACUCCUCAUACCGAGCAGCGCUUCCCUGGACGCGCUGCUGCUGCCAGUGUACAGCCAAGCGGAUGCACUGAUGGCUCGUAUUUCUCCUGACUUUCACAUUAUGUUGUUGUGUUUCGCUGUUUGUUUCCCACCACCUGGCCUAUCGUCACCCUGCUGGCUGGCUGUAUGAUCGGACUGACUGAAGGUAAAUGUCCGGAGUGUGAAAGCGCGGAUCCAUACCCGCUGGAUUGGUGCAGGCGGUGAAAAACCCUCCAUUUCUACCCGUGACAGAGUCGACUGGAACUGUCUGGCUGCUCCCUCCGCACUACCAUGGCUCUGAGCUGCUGAAAAUUUAGCUUUUGUUUUGAACUUUUUGCCAUUCCUCUGGACUCUUUGAUGAUGGCUUCCCGCAGCCAAGGCUUCUUCCACAACCAUCACCACCACCAUCGUAGCUCCAUGGUGCCCACUGCAGUGCCGCGGCUGCUGCCUGAGAACGGCAGCCUGCUGGGGGGCAUCGCACAAAUCACCCCCAACCUGUUCCUCAGCAGAGGAAACGUGGCGUCAAAUCGCAGCCUGCUGCUGGCUAAAGGCAUCACCUGUGUGGUCAACGCUACCAUCGAGCUCCCCAACUUCAACUGGCCUCACAUGGAGUAUGUAAAGGUCCCCUUGGCCGAUAUGCCCCACUCCCCUAUCUCCCUGUACUUCGACAGCGUGGCUGAUAAGAUCCACAGCGUGGGACGUAAACGAGGGGCAGUGCUGGUGCACUGUGCGGCAGGGGUGAGCCGCUCAGCCUCUCUGUGCUUGGCGUACCUCAUGAAGUAUCACCGCGUGUCUCUGGCUGAGGCCCAUGCCUGGGUCAAAGCCCGCCGCCCUGUCAUUAGGCCCAACGGCGGCUUCUGGCGCCAGCUCAUUGAAUACGAGAGGAAGUUGUUUGGUAGAAACUCUGUUAAGAUGGUGCAGACACCCUAUGGGGUCAUACCUGAUGUGUAUGAGCGGGACCGCAGGAAUCUGACUCCAUACUGGGGCCUGUGAGAGGGGCGGGGACCCCGUGAGGGACUGGGGAGGAAAGUGAAGAUGAGUCCUUUUGCCCUGGUGGACUGCAGGCUCAUGCCUGUUCAGGCAAAGUGAGACACGUGUGGGUGUAGGUCUGUGUGAAGGUUGUUAACUGAAUACCUCUGCGCUUGGACAGAGGGAGUCUAACCAACCAGUUGCCUCCAUUUAGUCUUUUUAUGGGAGCGAGGUCACUUCAAGCCCAGAAUUCUGAGGACCGAAGGAUAAAUUGGGACGGCAGUGAUAUCGAACACCAAGACAAGAUGAAAUGCUCUGAGUGUGGCAGUUGGCGACGGUCUGUCUUUUCCACUUCACUGAAGGAUGAGCGCUGUGUGAAGGUGUUAGCUGUGUGUGAGACUUUGCAACUCUGACAGUGAUGUUGCUGAAGUCCUUUUCCUGGUGUGAUGUCAUGUGGUGGUUUUGUGCCAGUUUUGCAGUAAUCUUCAGUGUGAAGGGCAGCAGCAUGCUCUCAAUUUAUGGUAGCAUUUAAGACAAGUGUACAGAAAAAAUAUAGACAAAUAAUUUUAUUGGGACAUUCUGAUUAUGAGGAAAAAUGGUUAUGGUGCACUUUACCUGAACAUUAAAGAUGCUAUUGUAUCUGCUUUUUUCAAGGUGA